AUGCAUUACUUAUUCUUGUGUAUUCUUUUUGCUGGAGUUUUUUUACCAGCAAAAUCUUUUCUGGGUGGAAUGAGACGCACAUGUGAAUGUAAAGCUGUUUCUGAUACAGUUCAUUUUCCAUUUCAUACAUGGAAAGUUUCAAGUUGUGCAUUUUGUACAUGUAACAAUCCAGCAAUGAUCAAUUGUGAAAAAGCAUGCCAAGAUAUGGUUCAAAAUUAUGCUAAUACAGGUUGCGGAAAAAUCAUCAAAGGUUCAAAAGUCCUUCAUAAAUAUAAUGCUGGUGGUUGUGGAAAAGGCGUUGGAAAACAAGUUUUUACUUGUGCUUAA